AUGGCAGACGCUGCUAACGCUCACAAAAUGAUCAUCGAGCGAGAUGUCGCCAUUCCAAUGGGCGACGGUAAUAUCUUGCGAGGUGAUAUUUUCCGACCUAUCAAUUCCAACAACAACCCCUGCCCCGUUCUAGUGACUUACGGACCAUAUGGCAAGGGUGUUCCGUGGCGCGAUGGCUACAAGAUCCAAUGGAAACACAUGACAACAGCCCAUCCGGAUUUCCUCCCUGGAUCGUCGCGGGAAUACAUGGUCUGGGAAGUACCUGACCCGGAGAUCUGGACCGCCUGGGGAUAUGCCUGUCUGCGUGUGGAUUCACGUGGAUGUGGCCGUUCUCCUGGAUUUUUAGACAUAUACUCUCCUCAAGAAUCUCGCGACUACUACGACUGUAUUGAGUGGGUGGCGAAGCUGCCGUGGUGUUCAGGCAACGUCGGCACCAGUGGAAUUUCGUACUUUGCGACGUCCCAAUGGUUGGUUGCUGGAUUGAAGCCGCCGUCACUGAAGGCUAUGAUCCCUUGGGAGGGUUCGGCGGACUGGUACCGCGAUGUUUGCCAUCAUGGUGGGAUUCACAGUAAUGCAUUUAAGGCCAAUUGGUACGAGCGUCAGGUUCUGUCUAUACAAAACGGGAAUCCCAGGACCAUGGAUGAUCCUUGGCUAGGUGAGAGAGCGAGUGGACCAGCUACUUUGAGUGAAGCUCAAUUGUUGGCAAAUCAGAACUCUCCUCUCGAAAAUGAAUUCAACCGACCUCUAGAUGGUGCAUGGUAUAGGGACAGGUCGGCGAAGUGGGAUCAGGUGGAGGUGCCGUUUCUCAGCUGUGCAAACUGGGCAGGUCAUGGGCUGCAUCCUCGAGGAAAUUUCGAGGCCUUCGUGAAUGCGAAGAGCAAACAGAAAUGGCUGAGUGGUCACCCUGGUAAACACGAGGAAUGGUACUAUCUUGAUGAGGGAAUGGCAUUGCAACGGCAAUUCCUUGAUUAUUUUUUGAUGGGAAAGGACAACGGUUGGAAUCAGAUACCGCCUGUUAUCAUGAGAGAGAGGAGACCUUUCAACACAAAAUUCGAAACUGUCAGGUACGAAACUACAUGGCCAUUACCAAAGACCAAGUGGAUAAAGAUAUACUUUAACGCUGAGCAACAAGAUAAACCCGCGUUCAGCUGGGAUCCGGUUCUCAACGAGGCGACCAUCAGCUUCAAUGCGCUGAAAGGGUCCGUGACGUUUUACUCGGCCCCGCUGGAGCAAGAAAUCGAGAUCACAGGACCCAUGGCGGCAAAGCUUUUCGCCGCAUCGUCCACAACAGACAUGGAUUUGUUUGUCACUCUACAGGCAUUCUCACCCGAUGGCAGGGAAGUCGAUUUCGUGGGUACAGUCGAUCCCCAUACACCGCUCUCGCAAGGCUGGCUUAGAGCAUCGCACCGCAAGCUCGACCCGGAGAAAUCCCUCCCCUACCGACCGUACCUGGCACAUGACGAGCAGCAGCCUCUAACGCCAGGUCAAACCUACGAGCUUGACGUGGAAGUCCUACCCACUCACAUCAUCCUCCCUAAGGGAUAUCGCCUGGCGCUUCAAAUUGGAGGAAAGGAUUUUGAGCGCCCUGACCCUGAGCCCUCAGGCGUGGUGCCCGAGCUGGCAUGGCGCUCACGCGGCAGCGGUCCCUUCUUGCAUACCAACGAGCUCGAUCGUCCAAAGGAUAUUUUCGGUGGCAAGACGACGAUCGCGACUGGUGGACAGACCGGGUCAUACCUGUUGCUGCCUAUCAUCGAGAAGUGA